AAAUCACCCUGUCUUACAUGACAUGCUGAAACAAAAACAGUUUGACACCAUGGAAAGUUUGAUGUCCAAAGUGGAGACUCUGGCACAGGGUGUUGUUAAGAAGGAAGGGAAACAAUUCAGCAUAAGUGUCAUGUUAGAGUUACCUCCCUCAGAGAAAGAACUUAAAAUGCUGGCAGAAGAGAAAACUUCACAAGGCACUGAUGUACAGUUGAAGACUGGUUUCAAUCCAACAGCUCAAAUAAAUACUGGGACAACUAAAGAAUCUCCUAAAUCCAAGACUCCAAAGCAGGCAAACAACUCUGCUCAACUUGCAUCAAGUAGUAUGUCAACUAAACAAGGGGAAAACAAAACUAUGGAGGAACAUAAGAAGAAACUGCCAGCUUGGGUUAGGAUUCCAAAAUCAUCUGAUAAAAAUAGUGUGGCUCAUAAUGAAAGGAGUGUCUCAGCUGCUGUAACUAAGGAGGCCAGUAGUGAUUUGAAACCUAAGGUUGAUGAUAAUAAAGAUGCCAAUAAGAAACAUGUGUCAGACACAAAAAGGCGUGAUGAGAAAAGUGGAAGGAGUAAAGAGAGAAGAAGAUCCAGAAGUAGAAGUAGAGAUAGAAGAAGCUCAAGACAUUCAACUAGAACUAGACAUGAUGAUAAAUAUUCUAGAGACCGAAGGAGGAGAUCUGCAGACAGAGACACCAGGAGAGAUAAAAAUGAUGACCAUUCAAGAAAAAGGAGAAGAUCAAGAAGUAGAGAUAGGACAGAUUCAAAAACGUCUAGAACAAAAUCACCCAAGGCAGGCAGUAAAGAAGAAUCCAGGACUCCAAAAGGCAAUGAAAAGAAUUCUGCUGCUAAUAAAGCAAGCUUUGAUAAAAAUAAAAGUAAUGAUAAAGAAUCUGCCAUUGAGAAGCAUAGUGACAGUAAUGAACAUGUUUCUAAAGAUAAAGAGUUGAUUGUAGACACCCAAAAUGAUGCUUUGGAUGAAUCUGAAACUGUCAUGAAUGUUGAAAGCUUGAGCAUAGAUGAGCUUGAAUUAAUAAGCAAGUCUAUAGAACAACAGAUGGAAGAAGAUGAUGAUUUUAUAGACAUUGAAGAUAUUGUUGAAGAGAUUAAUCCCAGGGAAGAAAAGAGUGAUGAAAUUGUUGCACCUGAAAAAGAAGCAAAUGCCGAUGACAGUCAAGUAAAGAAUGUUGUUGUAAUUACAGCAAAGGAAAAUGAACCAAAUCUAGGAGGACAAAUAAAUGAGAAUGUUGAAAAGAAUUCAACUGUAAAUAUAGAAAAUCAGACAAAGAAUGUUGUUGUAAUUACAGCAAAGGAAAAUGAACUAAAUCUAGGAGAAGGACAAAUAAAUGAGAAUGUUGAAAAAAAUUCCACUGUAAAUAUAGAAAAUCAGACAAAGAUUGAGAUAGAUGUUCCUAAUCAGAUUGUCAAUAAGUCAGUCUGUGAAACAGGCAUUGUAAAAGAAUCAGAUGCGGCACCAGAGGAUUGUGUUGUUGAAAUAGUUAUGACUAGUCCAGUGAAGAAGAAGAAUUCUGAAAGUAAAAUAAAACAAGUUCUUAAACCGGAUGGAAAGCCAAUAGUAAACAUAAGUAUACAAUCAAAUGAAAAUGAUAAUGAAAUAAGUUUGUCAUCUAAUGAGCCCUCAGCCAUGAAAAGAAGUGAAAAUGUGAAGAACACAAAUGAAGCGCCAUAUAGCAUAAAACAAAUGUCUGUACCAGAGAACAAAGUGGAAAAGGAGUGUGACAUAACCAUUGAAAUAAAAAGUAACAAUGAAAAGAAACAUGAAAAAGGGAGUGAAAGUUCAAGUAGUGAACAUCAUGAGAUAAUGUUGGAUAAGGAAAACUGUGUGUCACAGACAACAGAAGUAAGCAUAGAUAUAGUUGAUAACUGGAAACCAGCCGGAGGUGAAAUAGAGACAAAAUCCGCUGCACUUGAAAAUACAGAUGACAUAACAAUGCCAACAGAUUUUGAUGAUUUUAUUGCGUCUCAGCUUGGUGAGGACUUUGUCACUGUAGAUGAUGCAGAUGAAAAUUCACCAACUGAAAUUGAAAUAUGCAUGCAUCCUCUCACAAAUAAAGACAGCAAUAUACCAGAACAACAGUCUAAAGUAGAUAUAACAGAGGUAUCUGUUGAGAUAAGUGAAAGUAAUAAUAAUCCUGAACCUAAUGAAAAACAUAAGACAGGGUCUAUUAAUAGACCCACUAGAGAUGAACUUGGUGGACAUAAGGUAUUAGAUAGUAAAAUUACUAAUAUUGAUGAUACUCAAUCUGCUGUUUCAGAUUUCAUUUUUGAAAAUGAAGCAAAAUUAAAAAUGAAUGUUGAUGAUAAGAAUAAAGAAAAAAGUGAAGCUAUCAUGAUAAAAACACCUAAAAAGCAAAAUUUGAAUGUACAGAACGUGGACACAACUAAAAGAGAAGAGAAAACUGAUGAAAUCAAAGGUGAACAAUCAAGUAGUGUGUGUGUAUUGGAAAUAAGUAUGGAACCUUCAGUACUCGAGACAGAUGUUCCUAAAGAGGCAGGCGUGGCUGAUCCUUAUGAUGACAGUGAAGAUAUUGAGUUCAUGCUUGACGAAGAGUUUGAGACUGUUGAUGAAACAAAAGAUAACAAUACAGAAGAAGAAGCUACUGUUAUAAUUUACAAUGAACCAGAAGUUAAUAAAGAGAAAACGGACCAAAGUGCAAACUUAGAUAAAGUUCUUCCUCCUGAAAAGAAUACUGAGAAAAUGCAGAGUAUUACCACUACUGCACAAGACACUAAUCAAGAAGACAAUAUAGCUGAUACACAUAAAGAUAUUGUCAAAGAAAAAGAUAAUGGAGCUAACGAAAUUAAAGAGAAUGCUGAAAUGACAUUACCUGAAAAUGUUGAGGUUGACAGAGAAGGUGAUAACCCACCAUUAGGUAUCACACACUUUCCAAUGGAUGAAGAUGAUGAUGAAGACAUAGAGGAAAUCUUCCUUGGUGGUGAUUUUAUAACUGUAGAUGAACAUCAAGAAGAUGAGGUGGCUCCAGCAAUAGACACUGCUGAGGAAGAAGACUUUGAUAUGGACUUCAACCCUGAUGAUUUUGUAACAGUGGAUGAAGUUGAUGCAGGUGGAACUUCAGUAACUCAAACUGACAAGCCCAGCCAACAGAAAGACAAAAUUUCUACAGAAAGCACUGCCUCUUCCAAGGGUAUUGACAGUUCCAAAAAUGAGGCCGAUAAAUGUCCUGAAAGAAGUAACCGUAGAUCAAGAGAAAAAAUAAAUAAAGACAGUGAAAGAAGUUCUAAAGAUAAGUCCGAUUCCAAGAAGUCUGCUGGAAGCAAUAGUCACAGCAGCAGCAGACGUAGCAGUAGCAGGGUGAGAGACAGAGAUAGACAUUCCUCUACUUCUACCAAGGAAAAAAGAGAUAGAUCAAACCCGGCACGAAAGCCAACACCAGAGAAGUCUACAAGGUCAUCUUCAAGGUCAUCACAUACCUCUAGAACCUCUACAGCUGUGGACAAAUCAAAAAGUAGACAAAGGGAUAAUGUGACCAAUUCAGAGAAAACAGGACACUCUGGUUCUAACAAGGUUAGUGCUCCCAUCUUGAGUAAGCAGACAAUUCAGGAGAUGGCUGCAGCGUCAAGGUCAGGGUCAAGAAGCAGCAAGGAGAGACUAGGAAAUUAUACAGUGGGACAAGAUGGGUCUCCUAAACAAAUUGAUACCCAUUCUUACUUAGGCAUUCCUAUAAAACAUUCAACAGACUCUCCAUUGUCAAAAGUAAAUUCUAGCAAAGUGAAUGAGGAAAAGACAAAACCUGAAUAUAAUAAAGACAAACCUUCACUUAAUACUAAAUCUGAACAGAUUAGUAUUAGUAAAGAAGGUGGUGAAAGAUUCAGACCAAGUGGUUCAAAAACUAGUGACAGUAAACGUACAGAUUUAAAACCUAAUGUGGAAAGUGAGUCUGUGGGCGAGAAGUCUGGAAAGGGUAGUGAAAGCAAGGGAGGUAGUAGAAGUUCUAAUAACGAUGGGAAAAGAAAGAAAGAUGAUAAAGUGGAGUGUGAAAUAUCUAUAGAAAUUGGGUAGGAGGGGCAAACUACUCGAUUGCUUUGAGCAUGGGUGCUGACAAAAAUCAGUGGAUUACGAGUUUGUUGUAUUUUAUGUCUUGUAUAAAGACGUUGUGCUACUUUUAACUAUGUAAAAUGACAUGCUCUAUUUUUAACAUGUGUUAUAGAAAUUGUUUGGGAAGAUGGACAGUGUCUCAUACAUAGUACUUCUGUACAAGCUUGGUGUAUGGAUAAAUCAUAUGUUUGUUUAAUUUAUCAAGACAUUUUGAUAUGAAUUAUCAUUUAUGGUAUUUGUUUCUUUGAUUUUUUAUAAUAAACAGUUUGUUGAUAAAAAGACAGAAUAUAUUUGAGCUGCGUCAUGACAAAACCAAUGUAAUGUGUUUGCGACUAGUAUGGAUCCAGACCAGCCUGCGCAUCAGAGCAGUCUGAUCAGGAUCCAUGCUGUUAGCUUACAAACUCUAUUACAAAUAGAGAAACUGAUAGUGAACAGCAUGGAUCCUGAUCGGACUGCGUGGACGUGCAGGCUGGUCUGGAUCCAUGCUGGUCGCAAACGCAUUACGUUGGUUUUGUCAUGACGCGGCUCAUUUAUUGAUCAUAACACAUUUUGUACAUCUUGCCAUUUUAAUAUAUUCAACUCUUAAUCUUCUGGCUUUUGCCACCUGUAUCGAUUCAGGCCAACCUGUACAUUCAUGCACUUCAGGUCAGUCUCUUAUACUGUUGGUAACUCAAUUUGUGUUUU